AUGUAUUAUCAGCCAGACAAACAAAGCAUUACCAAAAUGUCGACUUCUAAAUACCACCAAGAGGCUUUAGAGGAAUACAAGGAAGCUAAAGCAGAUCCUGAUGCUUGGGAUCAAAGAAUUGUAGAUACAGGUUGUUAUGUAGAGAAUAUGGCAUUACAGCUAUGUCAUGCAGAUACAGGUGACUGGAAACAAUGCACACAAGAAAUGAAUCUAUUUAGAAAAUGUUGGGAACAACAUGGUAACAGAGAAAGAGUUAAAACUGUAGAUAGAAAGUAA